UGAGAGGUAAAAGAUCAGGAGGGAAGCCGGAAGAUGGCUGCGGUGGCGGAGGUUGCCGGCUGGGAGAUGCGGACUCAGUGAAGGGAUGGCGGUGACGGCGACGAGGCGGGUGGCGCGCUGCGGCUGAGGCGCGCCGCCGAUCCGCCCCGCACCGCGGCUCUGCUGCCUCUGCCCCGCACGCUCCUAUCGCUCGGCGGCGUCGCCGCCCCGCACCGCGGCGCUCCCCAUGAGCGGGGCGGGCGGGCUGGCGUGGCGCGCGCUGCACGCCCUGCUGCGCGCCGUGUUCUGCGUGCAGCGCGCGCUGCUCGCCUGCCUGCGCGGCCGCGCCGCCGCCGGGCCCCGCGCCUGGCUCUGGCGCCGCGCCGCCUCCGCCGCCGCCUCCUGCGCGCUCCUGCUGCCCGCCGCCGGCCCCUUCGCCUUCCGCAAGCUGCGGGCGGCGCGGCGGCGGCGACCCGUGCCGGCGGCCCAAGUCCGGCAGCGGUGGCGCUUGGACGGACGUGCCCUGCAGAAGCUGCCGGUCCACAUGGGCCUCGUGGUGACCGAGGAGGAGCCGAGCUACGCGGACAUGGCCAGCCUGGUAGUGUGGUGCAUGGCAGUGGGCAUCUCCUAUGUCAGCGUCUACGACCAUAAUGGUAUUUUCAAGAGGAAUAAUUCCAGAUUGAUGGAUGAGAUUUUAAAACAGCAGCAAGAACUCUUAGGACUAGAUUGCUCCAAGUACAACGUGGAAUUUGCAAAUCAAGACAAAGCUGAUGAAGUUUUAAAUUGCCAAUCUACAUUGAAGGUGCUGUCUCCAGAAGAUGGAAAAGCAGACAUAGUAAAAGCUGCUCAGGACUUUUGUCAGUUGGUAGCACAGCAGCAAAGAAGAUACACAGACCUGGAUGUGGAUGUGUUAGACAACUUAUUAAGUAGUACAAAUGGAUUUCCUGAUCCUGAUUUAGUCUUGAAGUUUGGUCCUGUGGACAGCACGUUAGGAUUCCUUCCGUGGCACAUCAGACUGACAGAGAUCAUUUCUUUGCCUUCCCACCUGAACAUCAGCUAUGAAGACUUUUUCUCUGCCCUCCAUCACUAUGCAGCCUGUGAGCAACGCUGGGGAAAGUGACUUCUGGCUGAGCACAUGGAGUCAGGUUUUCUGUGGGAAGGAAUUGAUGUCUGUUUACAAGCACCUGUGACCCAUAAGUCUGGUUCAUAGUCCUUUCUUAAUUUAUCAACAAAUUCAAUAAAGUGUCUUACCUUUCUAGAGA